GAGAAAGGUAAAUAUUAGCAGAUUAAAGUAUAACGAUGACUUUACCAUUUAUGUUCAUGCUAUAAGAGGGAGAUUUUCUGUGGUUUGAGGAAGAAGUGAAGACUUCAUUUGCUUGUCAGGAUUCCAAUUCAAAAUGGAAUUUAAAUUGUUUUUCUUCAUCACCUUGAUCUGGAUACCAGGUCUUUCUGCAUUGACCGUGGUUUCGUCAAAAAACCCAGUGGCCGUGGGCAGCAAUGUGACUCUAAGUUUGAAUGACUCCAUUACCAUUACAGUAGGGAGCUGGCUGUAUGGGUCUGGUACAGUGUUGUUCUGGUACCCAGGAGAUACUGUCACUGGUAGCAGCUUCAAUGAGGGAAUGUCAUUUAACAACAUUUCAUAUGCCCUCACCUUAACUUCAGUAACUCUAAACAGAUCUGGCCUAUAUGUGCUAGAGAAACUCAGUCCGCCAUCGAGCAAAGGAGAGUUUAGAUUGGAAGUUCAGGAACCUGUAAGUAAUGUAUCUUUAAAUGUAAGCAGCACAAGCCUGGUGGAGUAUAACGACAGUGUAACAUUCACAUGCUCUGCCAGAGGCACGCCAACUUGGUUUUCAUGGCAGAAUGGCAGCUCUGUUGUCAUGGCUCAAGGAAGAGUUGAGCUCAGCAAUAAUGGACAAGUCCUCGCCAUUAAUGGGAUAACGCGGUAUGACCAAGGGCCAUUCAAUUGUAUUGUGUCAAACAACAUCAGCAGGGAAGAGAGUACACAAAUUAACCUCAAUAUAAGCUAUGGGCCCAGUAACAUGACAAUGACAGUCUUGCAAGAGAAAAUGGCAUAUGUGUCAGGCUCUGCCAUUUCCCUAUCAUGCUCUGCGGAUUCCAAACCAGCUGCUUCUUUCUACUGGAUGUACAAUGAGGUUCCUUUGAAUGUCAGUGGUCCAAAUCUUAUACUUACUAACGUUACCCAGGACCAAACAGGAAAUUACACCUGUGUUGCCCAAAAUGCCGUCACACUCAGAUAUGCUUCAGUGACCAAAACCAUUCGCAUAGUUGAUCCAAUAACAUCAGUGGUGGUAAACCCUACAGCAGGCAACCCAAAAGAAAACAUGAAUUUUAGUCUAACAUGUGAUGUUGUGGGGCCAGACGACUCCAUUCACUGGAUGAAGACCGGCAUGUACCUGUUACCCGACUAUAGAAUCACUUUCUCCAUUGACAACUCAACCUUAUACUUUAAUCAACUUACUGUCAACGAUGAUGGACAAUACCAAUGUGAAGCUAGUAACGAUGUCAGUAUAAUGACCAGCCAGGUCUACAAUUUUAUGGUCAACUAUGGUCCAUGGAACACAACAAUCACUGGUCCAGCUGUAGUAGCUGCAGGGUCCAGUGUAACCUUCAGAUGUUCUGCUGACUCUCGCCCUCAGAGUCAAUUCAGCUGGUUUUUCAAUGGUUCUAAGGUAGCAGACGGCUCAGUGUAUAUGACUGGAGCUCUUUCACCAAACAAUAGCGGACCGUACACCUGCAUGGCCUUCAAUAAUAUCACAGGCAGUAGCAGAAAUGCCUCGCUGAAAUUAACAGUAAUUGUUCCUGUCACCACUGUUAUGGUGAAUGAGGGCAAUCGGCAACCAGUGUUCAAUCAAUCAUUCACACUAAUCUGCAGUGCCAGUGGAGAUGUUGGAUACAUUCAAUGGAUUAAGAAUAACAUGCACUUGUUACCCAACAAUAUCAUCUCAUUCUCCAAUGACAACUCAACCUUGAUCUUUAACCAACUCUCUUUUAGCGAUGAUGGACAAUACCAGUGUGAAGCUAGUAACGCUGUCAGCAACAUGACCAGCCAGGCCUACAACCUUAUGGUCAACUAUGGUCCAUGGAACACAACAAUCACUGGUCCAGCUGUAGUAGCUGCAGGGUCCAGUGUAACCUUCAGAUGUUCUGCUGACUCUCGCCCUCAGAGUCAAUUCAGCUGGUAUUUCAAUGGUUCUAAAGUAGCAGAUGACUCAGUGUAUGUGACUGGAGCUCUUUCACCAAACAAUAGCGGACCGUACACCUGCAUGGCCUUCAAUAAUAUCACAGGCAGCAGCAGCAAUGCUUCAGUUAAAUUAACCAUAAAAUAUCCACCCAGAGAUGUUGAUGUGUACAGCAGCCAGAUGCCAAUCUUGAAUCAGUCAUUCACACUAGCCUGCAAUUACAAAGGAGAUGUUGACUCUAUUCAGUGGAUGAAAAAUGGCAUGUACCUGUUACCCAACAAUAGUAUCUCUUUCUCCAGUGACAACUCAACCUUGAGUUUCAAACAACUCACUCUCGGUGAUGACGGACAAUACCAGUGUGAAGCUAGUAAUGCUUUCAGCAACAUGACCAGCCAGGCCUACAACCUUAUGGUCAACUAUGGUCCAUUUAACACAACAAUCACUGGUCCAGCCAUAUCUGAGACGGAGUCCAUUGUGGCUUUCAACUGUUCUGCUGACUCUCAUCCUAAAAGUCAAUAUAUCUGGUUCUUCAACAACUCAAAAGUGGCAGAGGGCCCAGUGUAUAUGACCGGAGCUCUUUUACUAAACAAUAGUGGACAAUACACCUGCAUGGCCUUCAAUAAUAUCACAGGCAGCAGCAACAAUGCCUCAUUGACUCUAACUGUAAUUGAAAGUGUCACAUUAAACGUGAGCUCCAGUCCUCUCAUUCCUCUGGCCUCUCAAGACCUACAUCUCUUUUGUAAUGUGAAUGGAGUUUACAGUCUCCGAUGGCUUCGAAACAACCAGAAUUUCCAGCCAUCAAAAACAGUUACAGUCUCGGAAGAUAAGACAACUGUAAUCUUCAAACCUCUGCAGACUACCUCUGACAAUGGGAAUUACCAGUGUGUUGCCACAAACAUAGUAAGACAGCACAUCAGUCAACCAUUCAAUCUUGUGGCCAAAUAUGGACCACAGCGUGUGCAAAUCUUUUUGCACCCAGGUAUUACCACUACCCUGACAUGUAAAGCAUUAUCUGAGCCACCAGCUGUGUAUCGGUGGUUUAAUGAGAACAACACUGUGGUGGGAAAUCAAUCUUCUGUAAUAGUUCCCAUAGAUUCUAUUCUUGGCAGAAAUUAUACCUGUGAGGCCAAAAAUCCCUUGACAAAUGUGACCGUCUACACCAGCAUCAAUGCAUCAUCUGAUGCUACUGUCAGUGUCCAGGCGAGUAUGUUGCUGACUGCUCUUCUCGCUCUCCUGCUCCCUGUGCUGCAUUAAGUUCUAUAAUACUGAUAUUACUGUUGUGCUGUUUGUCUGUAUGAGGACAAACUGUCUAAACGAGGCUUAUGGGUAAAUAAAUCACUAAGUAACAAAAGCAAUUACACUGAUUGUAAAACUUUUCUACACUGUCCAGAUUAUCUGAAAUGCAUUUGAAUUAUUUUAGCACUUUUUAGUUCAUUAUUAGAGACUGUAGCACAACCACAGAGGUGCAUUUAUGUUUAACUUAACUAAACAAAUAUUAUUUUGUAAAGUUAAAAAAGGGAUUAAAAACUCUUGAUAGCACCUUACUUAUAUUUUGCUUCUAAUUACUAUAUCUUUGCUAUAUUUGAAAGUAAGUUAUGAAUUACUCAAUUGCUGUAAUAAUUAUAUGAUUUGCUAUUUCUCAUUAGAUCUGCUUAAGUAUUGUCUACAUUAGGUAAAUAUAUCUAGGCUGGCUAAUUCAGAUUUGUAUAAGAAUAUAAAUGAUCCAUUUAGACAAGCUAAAAUGUCAAAUUAAAGAUUAUCUAAAUUACUUUUCAGUUUAUAUAUAUAUAUAUUGUUUCUCCUGUAAAAAAACAAACACACAGACAAAAAACUGAAUUAUUUCCAAACAAUAUAAAUGUAUUGUGAUUUAGUUUAAUGAUCUGAAUUCUAUAUAUUUUCUUUAUUAAACUAAAUAAAAAUGAAAAUAAUCAAACAAA